AUGCCGCUGGCCACGUUUCGUCGAGGCACCAAAUGCUGCAAUCAAAUCGCGCCCCCAGUGCGCACUCUCGUGACACUUUGCGCACUGCUCGUCGCGUUCCUCGCGGUGAUUGGUCGAGUCCACGGCAACGUUUCCGCGGAGCCGCUCGCGUACACGUGCCGCGCCAACAAGUGCCUCUAUGUCGCCGACCCGAGCAGCGCCGCGCCCACGACGCAGUUGUUUGGCGACCCCGUGGACUGCGUGCGCACGUGCCGCACGUCGGACCUCCAGAACGUCGACAAGGGCAGCGACCUCUCGGACGUGGCGAGCAUGACAGUGGCCUCGUCGCGCAACGGCACGUGCGCCAACUGCUCGCUCGUGGUCUCGUCCACGUACAACUUCCCGCAGAUGCUCGAGACGUUUGACCUCACGCCCGCGUCCCUCGCGGCGCCGUCGUGCAACUUUACGAGCGCCAUCCGCCUCGACACGCCGACGCUGUGGCUGCUCGAAGGCGCGACGUCGCGCUGUGCGGCCGGCACAAAGGGCACUGCCGUGGCCUGUGCACGCGACAAUGGCAACGCGACGGUCAUGACGCUGGACGCCGAAGCGCUGACGACGCUCAUGGCGGUGCACAACAGCUACGACUUUAUUGUGGACCACGUGACGACGCGACUCGGGCCCGGGACGUUCACCGAGGACACGACGCUCUCGCUGACGUUCGACAGCACGGGCUGUCUCGCGUCGGCAGGUGGGGCCACGACGCCACAGGCGUUCCGCGUGGACCUGACGUCGCGCUCGUACGAGCUCAUUGGCAUGUUUUCGAACACGGCCAUGUCGGCGGAGAAUACGAUCAUUAUGAACCCGACCCCAGUGACACUGACGGUCACGAGCGGUGCGGUGCUCAGUGCGGGCGCGUUCUUCCUCUUGCGGGUCGCAAGUGACCGGGAAGGUGACUUUGGUGCCAUGAUUCGGAACGUCUCGACAGCGUCGAUGGUGCUCCCGGACGCGGACAGCACUGCAGCAAUUGAACUGGAGCUGUUUGUCGGCGCGUCCAAUAUUUCGUUCACGAUCCCGGAAUCGUUCACUGGCAGCAUCCAGAAUGGCGACGUGGUCAACAUUCAGUUUGCGACGUUCCAGAACCCGGCCAACAACUCGGUCGCGAUCGACAAGGUGUACCUCUCAGCGUACCAAGGUCUCGCGUCGGCUGUGGACAACUCGCCCAUCAUGUUUUAUAUACUGGACGAUGCCAGUCGGUCCCUCAAGGCAGCGCCGCUGGACAUUGUCACCUUGGUGGUUUAUAGCGCUUGCUUUUUGUUUUCGCUGGUGAUCAUCCGCUGGCACGGUCUGCCGUUGACGGUGAACACGUUGUGGACCGACUUGGUGGCGAUUACAGCACUCUUUUCGUUUGCCGCGGCAACGGGUGGAUACCUUGUCUGGGUCAUCCAGCCAUCGAAGGCAUACGUGUACUGGUACACGGCGCAGUAUUUCUUUAAUACCGCGAUGAUUCUGUCGCUGUGUUUCCACUGGGCGACUGUGCUGUCGUUCAAGUGUUUCAAGAAAUUCACGUUUACGUCGCCUGUCGUGCUGGCGUACAUCUUGAUCAACGCGUGCGUGUUGGUCUUCAUUGUGAUGGUGUCUGUGGUGUCGGAAGAGAAACUGGAGUGUGUGUACGAUGUGAAGUCUACGUCGUGUUCGUCUGAGAUGGAGUGUGCGCUGUCAAUCGCUGCCGAGGGCAAGAUCAUCCGGUCUGCGAUCGAAGACUGCGACAUGGAGGCAUUCUACUUGGCGUUUGGCACGGGCCUCAUCGUUUACACGCUCAUGCUGAUGAUACUUGGCUGCAUGGUCAUGAGUCGUGGACGCACGCUCAUGUUGAACGAGGAUCCAUCUGAUGCGCGGAUCCGCAAGUCGCUCACGAUAUUUUACGCUAUCAUCGCUACCACUUGCGUUCUUUACGUAUCGGCGCAGGUCAUUUACGUCGCGCAGUACGUCUCGCAGAAGGGCGAAGACAAUCAGCUUUCGGACGUGGUAUGGUACAUUUUCAUCGUGUGGUUGCCACAUAGCUUGCCACCCCUACUGCUGCUCUUUUUGCAGUGGAAUCCAAGCACGGAGAACAUCCGACAGGACGAUACGCCAUCGGUUGACCAGUCCUCGAAGGAAGACGUGUUCAACUGUACUCCGCGCUCAUCUGGAUCGUCAAGCCACAUGCCGUACUCGAAAUUGUUGCGCGAUCGCUUGAGCAUGGGUGAAUCGAUGCUGAACAGCGACGAGCCUGGCAGUCGAUUGCGGAUCAUCGUGCGGUUGAAGCUACCUGCAUCUUUCGACCGUGCGUGCUUUGUCUCGCUCGACUUUUACUCGUCAAAGGAAACUAUUACGUCCAGCAAUACGCUUCACAGUAUCUACAGCGCUGCUGCAUGGAAAUGUGUGGGCACUACGGAACCGGUCGGUGUUGCGGGCGAGACGGAAUCUGUGUUGACGACAGGGUCCGCGCACACUAUUUUCCCGUUCGUUGCCGUGCUAGAAGUGCCGGUCAUUGGCCCUGCGUCUAACACAUUGCUGCGCUUUAUGGUGCACGCGAGUACACUUGGGAAGCGUGAGACGUCUUCGAAUUGCCUGGAUCGUUCAAGCUCCAGCACGCGCAGUCACGACACUGCUUCCAAUCCACAGCUGUCCUUUCAGAUGACGAUGUUCCAUCCCGUGCUGGAGUUUGUCACUUCGUCCCAGGCCGUGCUUGACGCAGCAGCCAGCGGCCACUCGUUGAACAUCAACCCAUCGGACGAGAACACGUGCGCUAUAUUGGAGGAGUUCCCAUCGUUGCAGAGUGAGAUCAACAAGAUACUGAUGGGCAAUGCAAAGAACGCAGAGCUGAGUGUGCAGACAGUCAUGAUGCCUGGCGACGUAACGAGUCGCGACGAUGCUGCAUCUCACAAGAACAUCGGCAACAUUAUAAGGUUCUUCCAGUACGACACGGAAGAUGGAGGCGGUGGUCUUGUUGUGGAAGACCUGCAGGAGAGCAUUUACUCGAAUGCGAUUCCGCGCCAGUUGAUGGAGCUGAUUGCAGCAGAGCGUCAGGAACAGGCCGAUCGUGCACGUGAAGACUUGCACAGCUUCUUGAAUCAGAAGAAGGGAAAGCAGAAUUUGGGUUUCUACGGUACAUUGAUCGGUCAGAUCCAAGACGAUACCGACUCUUCGCUCGCUCGCGAGUGGCUCGAGGAACGUGUACGGCGACGCAAAGAGUAUGUGGCAAUGCUGCGCCGGAAUAUCCAGUACCUGGUGAACCGCGAUAAGCACAAGAAUUAUUUCAAGGCUAGCGUGGAAAAAAGUCAUCUGAUCUACGAAGUAUCUGCAUACGAUUUCACGACUGUCGGCGCGCCCGCUGCACAUGUGUACAAGUUCAGCAAGGGUGGCAUUCUUUCCUACCAGAACAGGCGCAAGAAAAUGGAAGCCAAGAUUGCGGACGCCGACCUGGACCUGUCCAAGUGGCCCGAGGAAGCGCGUGAGUAUGACGAUCUCAAAUGGGAUCUGCAGCUUCGUAUGGACUGCGCGUUCGCUCAAGCUUUGGCGGCCCUCACUUGUAGCUUUGUGCGAAAGGUGGAAGUUGCGAUUCAGAACCCGGAUGUUAUCCGAGGUGAAGAUAUGCUGCGCCAGUUUUCGAAUCUCGGUUUUUUGUUCCAAGUCGAGUCGUUGUUAUCUACGCAUGGCAAGGAAAUCGGUAUGCUGGAAGACAUGGCUGGUUCUGUGGAGCACCUGAGCUGUGUGGCGUUUGUGAUUCAAGACGUCCGCGACAAGCCUAUGAACCGUUUCUCGUUCCGCAUGUCACGGCGCAAAGAUGUUGCUGAUGAGGCUGGUGUAGUGAAAGUAACGGUGUCAAACAAGACGGGAGCAAAGCGGUCUCAGGUGAAGUACAUUGUGACGGUCCAGGUGGCGACCAGCGAAGUGGAACUGCCCGAGCGCCUGGCUGGUGGUGGCGAGAUCCAGGUGACACCAGUGCUGUUUUCCCAGGGCAUCAAUGAAAUGCAAACAAUCGCGAACAACACAGAGCGUGCGAAGACGGAGCUGCAGGACAUCAUUAAUUUCCGCAGUCUCAAACCUUUGAAGGCAUUUUGCGAGAAGUACCGUCGCCUCGUGGUAUCUAUGCCUCUGAACGGUCUUAGCGGCUUGUCAUCUUCCGGCCGCAGCCGCGCUGGAUCGCACCGUUACAAGGCCACGUCUAUCGACUCAACAGCUGCGUCAUCGUUGCGCCUUACACCAGACGAGGUAACGCAAGAGCUCCGUGCACUUGAGAUGUCGAUCAACGAAGCGGCACAAAGUCUGGUCAAGACGAAGCGUACGGAGAUCCUGAAGCGUUCGUCGGAUCUAUGUCGGGAGCUUGGUGGUGGACGCGUUACGGUUUGCAAGAGUGCGAAGGAUCGCACAGCCAUGUCGGUAACAUUGGAGCAGGUGCGUAUUUUGCAGCGCCAUCACGACUUGCCUGCACAUCGCGUGCCCGCUACUGUUUCCGUUAUGCGAAGUCACGGUGUGCGUAUCGAGAAUGCGCUGAAGAAUACGGGCAAGCGCCAGUUUGCUUUCAACAAACUGCAGCGCUCGCUGUUGCCUGAGGACUAUCGCUGCCCUGACCAGGUGGGCGGCACGGGUAAUGUCAGUUGA